AUGAAUGCUCACAUCAAAAAACAACAGAUACUGCCAGGACAGCUCCCUGUCACACCCUCCCUCUCUGUGAAGCCAGGCCACACCGUGUCCUCAGGAGAGAAUGUGACCCUGCUGUGUCAGUCAUGGAGCCAGAUGGACUCUUUCCUUCUGUCGAAGAAGGGGGCUGUCCAUCACAAGCUGUAUCAAAGAUCAAAGUUCCAAGAUCAACAGUAUAAGGCCGAAUUCUCUAUGAGUGCUGUGACCUCAGCCCUCGGGGGCACCUACAGGUGCUAUGGUGCUCGAAGCUCGGCCCCCUACCUGUUGUCACAGCCCAGUGCUCCUGUGGAGCUUGUGGUGUCAGCAGGAAAUGUUUCUCAGUCUGUGAGGCUGAGAUGCAGCUCCUCAUCCACACCUAGGAGGUCCCUGGGUCCUCUCAGAACAGGGCAGGAGGCUGAGAUCAUGCUGGGGUCUGAUUGUAGGGGGGACUGUGACUCAAGGAGACACAUUCCUUUAGAGAGAAGCAUCCUAGGCUGUAGGUAGCAGUCUGCAUGGCUCCUCCUGAGCUCACCUGGGCUCCACACUCCAGAUCUGAGGCUCAGGGGAGGCUGUGCGACUGCUCACUACAAUGACGUGGGGAUUCCUGGGCAGCAGGUAUAUUUUGCAAGUCAGUUUGUUUCCAAUCUGCAUUUUCUGUUUAGUCUUGUGUUUUGCUGUAUAUUAUUGUUUUUCUGUGUGUCUGUUUUCUGACAAGGUCACCCAGUAGCCCCAGCUGGCCUAGAACUGACUAUAGAGACCAGGCUGACCUCAGUCUCACAGGGAUUAGUCUUCAUCUGUCACCGUGCCCAGCUUUGGUGCUCUCGUUUUCUGAGACUUUUCAGAAAACGCCUUGGAGGCAGAGGCUUGAUAUCAGUGUCCUCUUCACGGGCAAGCACUCUAUUGCAUGGCAUUCUCUGCACUUUGGACAGUAGUGGGUCUCUGUGUUGAUAACCAUCUGCUGCAUGGAGAAGCUUCUUUGCUGAGAGCUGAGAGAAACAUUAAAGUAAGGGAUGAAUAGUAAGUCAUUAGGAGUUGUUUUGAUACUUGUUCAUUUAGCAUAAUGAUAGUAGGCUCUCCCUGCAGUCUGUGUCCUCAUUAGACACGGGUUACUUGUCCUGAUAUCAGUGUCAGGUAUGAGGUCUGUCUUAUGAAGCCGACCCCAGGUCCAAUCAGAGAGUAUUUGGUUGCUCCCACGAUAUGCAUGCCACUAUUGCAGUAGUGGGCAUGCCUUGCCCGGCCAGUUGUUGUGGAAGCCGGCAUGAUCUUCAGUUGGGCAAGGUGGAUAAUGAAUGUUCUCUUCUGCAUAGCACCUUCCGGCACUGUCAAAGCUAGCCAGUAGAGAUGAAGCUUUGAAGUCAGUACCUGCUCGAUUUCCCUUUGUGUAUCCUACAACUCAUUUAUGUAAUGCUUUCAGCAGUAGGCUCUUACUGCCGAGUUCUGGUGGGUAACCACGAGCAGGGGCAAUGGCCAGCAUUGUUUGAGGGUCCUAUCCAAUUGUUUUUCAGUCACUGCUUUCUGAUUUAUGGUAAAAGUCAUAUCAAUUACAAUAAGGUUGAAAUUUCAGCUUUUCAUUUCAUAGCUUAUACAGGGUAUUUUCAUCAUAUCCAUCCACCACUACUCCUUUCGACUCCUCCUAGUGACCCCCACCCCUUCUUCCAGCUUAAUGUCCUCUAUUUUGUUGUUAUCAAUAAAUUUCUCAGCCCUUAUGUGCAGGGUGUGGGGUCAUCCACUGGGAUGUUUGAAACAUGCCAGUGACCUUGUCCCCAGAGGAGAGUGACACCCUCUUCCCCACCAGGCAUCCACUGCCCAUAGCUCCCCUCCUAGGGGUGGGGCCUCAGGAUUCGUCUUCAGGUCACAGCAGCUACUGUGAGUACAUGUGUGCAAAUGCCAUGUCCUGUCCACAAGUUACAUGUCACGGCACUUGUCCUGAUCUACCAGUUCUUACAUUCUUUCUUCACCCUCUUCCAUAAGGUUCUCUGAGCCUUGGACGGAGGGAGGUUUAUGUAGGUGCUCUAUCCAUAGUGCGCUCACAGCUACUUACACUGCACACCUUUAAAUGUUUUUUUGAUUUUUAUUUUCAUUUUAUGUAUAUGAGUGUAUUGCCUCGUGUAUGUAAGCACACCCAUGUCAUGGAGUGUCCUCAAGCUCAGAAGAGAGUGUUACAUUCCCCUGGAAUUGGAGUUACAGAGGGAUGUUGGAUGCCAAGUGGGUGCUGGGACUCAAACUCGGGUCCUCUGCAAGAGCAGUGUUCUUAACCACUAAGCCAUCGCUCCAGCCCCUAAUACUGCACACGUUCAAUUGUCAUGCAUUAAUUCUCCAUGUCAUACACAGAGAAGGACCUCAUAAAGACAUUUCACACAGGUAUGUCAUGUGCUCUUACCAUGUUCACUCCCAGUCUUCCUCUUACCCAGGCUUCCCACCAUGGCCACUGCUUCCCCAGAGUCCCACUGCUGCUUCAAUGAUGAACAUGGAAUUUUGAGUGUAUAUAGACAGUCUAGGGCUGGAGAGACGGCUCAGGGGUUAAGUGCACUGGCUGCCCUUGCAGAAGA